GGUAACGUGACUUCCUGGUAACGUGUUAGGUAGGAAAAGCAGUAAAAAAGUGCAUAUUAAGGGAGCAGAUUUGAAAUAAUAUUUAUACUUAACAAGAAAUAAUUAAAGGUUCAAUGGGGAGACCUAAAGAUUUACGCAUAUGGGAGCACUACCGUACUUUACCAAACAAGUCUGUUUCUUGCAAGCUUUGUAAUAAGGUCUACAAAUUCAGUAAUGCUGCCAAAAUGCUUCAACAUCUUAUCACUUGUCCAAAAUCUCCAGAAACAUUAAAAGACUCUAUGAAACUUAUAAAAGAUAGCUCGUCCAAAACCAAAAUGUCUGGACUGUCAGAGAUAGAGACAAAUGAUUCUUUUAUAAGCCCCUCGUCGUCUGCUAACACUACAAUAAAUGCUGAGUUUCAAGACACCGAUGAUCAUAUAAAAACAGAAUUAGCGAGAGCUAUAUUUGUAACAGGGACGCCAUUAUCGAUGGUGCAACAUCCUUUAUGGAUACAAUUUUUCGAAAAAUUGCAACCAAAAUUUAAAAUACCUUCACGUAAAGCUUUAGCGACAAAAUACUUAGAUAAAAUAUAUAGAGAAAUGCGUUUUGAGUUAAAUGAGGAACUAAAUGCUUGUAGUUACUUACACCUUCAGUGCGAUGGCUGGUCUAAUUUAAGAAAUGAAGGAAUAAUAAACUUUCUUAUAUCAAAACCUCAACCUGCAUACGUUAAAAGUUUGAAUACAGAAAGUAAUCCUCACACUAGUGAAUACCUUAGCCAAGAAGUUGAAAAAGUAAUGAAAGUGUAUGGAGCAAAUAAGUUUCUUGUACUUAUUGGCGAUAACGCUAGAAAUAUACAAAAGGCAUUCGAAUUAACAAAACUCAAAUAUCCACAUGUUGUUCCUCUCGGUUGCUGUGCACAUAUCCUUAACUUGUUGUGCCAAGAUAUUGUAAAGAUACAAGAAGUAACUGUGUUUAUUAUGCAAGCCAUAAAUAUAAUAAAAACUGUUAAAAGGAGUCAACGAUUAAGUUCCUUGUUGAUAAAAUCAAGGCAGGGUGAAGAUUCUACACAAACACUAAAAUUGCCUUGUGCUACAAGAUGGGGAAGUCAUGUUACUUCGUUAAAAAGUUUGAAAGCAAAUAAGAUAGCUUUGCAAAUAUUAACAGUUAGAGAAGAUGUGGUAAUUUCAAGAGAUAUUAAAGAUUUAAUUCUAAGUGAUGAUUUCUGGACGAAGACAGGGGAAUGUAUAAGUAUUUUGGAACCAGUCACUGAAAGCAUAUUUUACUUAGAGAGCGACCAGAAUCGUUUGCAUCGCACAUACAUUACAUUUAGAGAUGUACAAGCUAAGAUACGUUUUGCAUUAAAUGAGAUUUCGACAUUGAGCGAAGAAAGCAAACAGCAGAUUCUAACAUCAGUAUCUUCAAGAUGCAAUAUGGCAAUGAGGCCAAUACAUUUUGCAGCAUAUAUUCUAGACCCCAGGACUCUAGGAGUCGAACUUACUCAAGAGGAAGAACUUAAGGGUAUGGAGUUUAUCUACAAUUUAAGCCAACACUUAAGUUUGUCAAAUGUAAUGGCAGAUUUGGCGUGUUAUAAAGCUAAAGAAAACUUUUGGGCCAGAGGAUUUGUAUGGAGCUCAUUAGAUAGCAUUGAGCCCCUAAUAUGGUGGAAAGGUAUUUGUGGUUCCACUGAGUUAAGCAAAGUAGCGAUUCGUAUUCUAUCAGCUCCCUGUACUUCGGCAGCCACUGAGCGUUCCUUUAGUAUCCAAGGCUACAUACAUAAUAACAAAAGAAAUCGACUUACAACUGAAAGAACUGAAAAAAUUUCAUUCAUUUGUUAUAACUGGAAUCUUAAACAUAAAGCUGAAUGCGAGGACAUUCAGUUUAAUGAAGAAAAUACCUUAGAAGCUUUCAUUGAGCAAGUAAAUGAACAUAACAGUUUAGACGAAAUAGAGCCUAUCGAACCUAUACAAUUCAUCGCUUGUAAUAACUCUGAAUCUGACAGUGAUUGACUGUAGUUUUACAUUUUACUUUCAUCUCUUUCUUAAUAAACUCAAAAUCAAAUUAAAAGUUUUUUAUUCUGUAGGCUGCAUAAUAAUAUUGUCUAUGUCCAGUAUAGUGGACGUCUUGCGGCUGAGAUGACGAUGAUGAAGUACAAAAUCAUAAACACCCAAAAAUUUGGGUGUUUAUGGGGUUUAAACCCAAUAAACCCAAAACACCCGGUUUUUACCCACCAGACUUUAAACCCACCCAGGUGGAUUGCCCAUCUCUAAU